AUGAAGCGCGCGUUAGGUCUUGUGUGCACCCUGGUCCAGGCAGCGGCAUCGGCUGCGGUGAUAGCCCUCGCUUCUGUGAGCGGAACAUCUGCUUCAAGCGUAUACGGCUUGCCCUACUCACAUCAGCAUCCUCGCAGCAUUGGUGGUGACAGUAAUAGCAAUAGGGAUGUUGGCUAUCAGCCGUCGCCCCCGACGCCCACUAGCAAGUCUCCGCUCGUUGAUGACGUGUGGCCAAACGUAACACUGAGGUUCUUCAUCAUUUUCAUGAGUGUGUGCGCUGGCGCCGGUGUGGCAGCUCUCAUUACCAUUCUCUGUGCAUACUGCCGUGAAUACAAGCUGCUGGAGACGAGUGACGACAGCGACACAGAGAGCGUGUGCUCAUGCACCAACAUCCAGGUUUCCCUCUCUGGUCAUUCUGAUUCCUCGUCUGACGAGGUGCAGACCUACGCGACACACCGUCAGCAACACAUUCCGUCGCCAGCAACGGCAAACGAGGCCAUGACUCCCAUAACGUGCAAGGAGGAGGAAGAGUUCAUUGAUCUGCCCGAGGUAGUGAUACAGACGGACACACAGUCGAACGAGUCACACGAGUUGUUCGUGUUACCUGAAGCGACAUCCAGCUGGAGUGACGACGCGCUCACGGUGACUCAGUCUACCGACUCCCGUCUUUCUCUCGCCUGUAGUCGGCGCGGGUUCUACAGAAAGGUAAGAUGUCACGGGACUCAGGGGCGGUAG